AUGGGAAGAACCUUUGGAAAUAAGAAUUUGACUGAUAACGACAAAAGAGCCAUCGUUGUGGGUCGUCAAAAUGGACUUACCAUGAUGACGUUGGCAGGAAUGUUCGGCGUGACAAAGGCGGGCAUUUCUCAGUUCCUAAAGCGUCAGAAAGCUCAAGAUGGCUCUACUAACAGCCAACGCACUGGAAGACCACGUGUCACUGAUCAUAAUGACGAUAGGAACAUUUUGAAGACGUCUAGAACCAAUCCAAGACUCACCGCCCCUGCGAUCAGACGGGAAGUUUUCUUGAAUUCGCCAUCUCCGCCAUCCGUCUCGACAGUGAAACGACGUCUGAAUGCUGCUGGAAUCAUGGGAAGACGUCCAGUGAAGAAACCGCUGAUUUCUGAAAAGAAUCGAGCCGCCAGGGUGAAGUGGGCGAAGGAGCAUCUCAACUGGACCCGUCAAGACUGGAACAAGAUUCUGUCGUCCGACGAAAGCAAGUUCCUCCUCUUCGGGAGUGACGGAAUUCAGUGGGUUCGUAGACCAAUUGGGUCCAGAUAUCAUCCGAAAUACCAAUUACCCACCGUGAAACAUGGUGGAGGUUCCUGCAUGGUGUGGGGCGCCUUCUCUGGAAGUGGCAUCGGACCGCUUCAUCGCGUGAACGGCAUCAUGGACAAGCACGUCUACAAAGACAUUCUCCAGAACCAGAUGUUGCCGCACUUGAGAGCCAUGGGCCGUGGGAGUGUUUAUCAACAGGAUAACGAUCCCAAGCACACUUCACUGUUCGUCAAGGUGAGAAAAUUGACAAGUAAUUCGUAUGGUUUUUGAAACUCAGGACUGGUUCAAGAGCCGUCGGGUCAAUGUCAUGGGGUGGCCAAGUCAAUCUCUGGACCUGAACCCGAUCGAACAUCUCUGGGAAGAGUUGGAGCGACGUUGUGCCAACAAAAGAGCCAAGAAUUGCAACGAGAAGUUUGCUCAACUGCUGUCUGAAUGGAAUCAGAUCCCCAUGUCUACCAUCGACACUUUGCUCAAUUCUAUGCAGAGAAGAUGCCAGGCAGUGAUUGACGCCAGGGGCUUCGCAACCAAGAACUAGGUCCCGAAUAUUAUUUUUAACAAUGUUUUGUGUUGAUAAAAAAAUUUUUUUGUUGAGCUAUGAUUUUUUUAAUUGAAAAUAGCAAAAAAAUUCGAUUUUUUUCGAAAAUUCGUUUUUUUCUCGAAAAAAAUUAUUAUUCUUUGAGCUAGCAACUUGAAAUUUUUGCCAGAACACGUAUGUCUCUCUCAGAAAAACUAUGAAAAAAAUUUGAAUAAAUCGCACUUCAAAAAAAUUUAUCCCCAAAAAAACCAAAAACUUAAUAGACUUUUUGAGCGGUACUGUAUUUAAGGGCGUAUUUUCGGAAAAGUCGGACGUUUGGUCAUACUCCGUGACCCUGUGGGAAAUCUACACAAGAUGCGCGACUGAGCCAUUGAUUGGCUUGACCAAUCGGGAAGCCGCUCUUUUCAUCAAGGUUCCGGAACGGUUCUGAACUUGCGAAUCGGUUUUUUCAGAAGGAGGAAUACCCGAUAAAACCGCCGAAAGAGGCGCCGGAUGCCAUCUACCGUGCCAUGAUGCAGUGCUUCGCGAGGGUUUACAAGUUUUUCUUGAGCCGAUUUCGGCCCAGAUUCGGAAUCAGCGUGAAAAACGGAGCUUGGUUCCGUUCAAAAAUCUCUUCAUGAGCUAUAGUAUGUGUGCCAUGCCUUGAAAUUUCACGGAACGACAUUCCGCAGUUCCGCUGCGUGCGUUCGCGAAGCGUUUACGUUUUCAAAUGAUUUUUAUUGCUGUGGGAGCACAUGAGAGUGAAGUACCUUGAUAAAAGAAAAGAAAAUUGAAAGCUCGACCAAGGUUUGCAAAGACGCGCAGCGUCACAGCGAAAUGUCGUUUGCUGAAAUUCCAAGUCGUGGUAAACAGACUAUACAGCGUCAUUCCACAAAUGGUUCCUGUUUCAGAAGCCUGCUGAACGACCAACCUUCCUGGAACUUCUGACGAUCCUGAGUCCGACGGAGAAAACGGUCUGCGACGCCGUCGACAAACGGCCGCCGGUCGUGACAAGCCAACCGCCGCCUCCUCCUGUCAGCCAAGCUCCCGAGAAAGAAGACGACGUGAUGGACAAGAUUUCGAUGAUCGACGGUGACGCCCUCGCCAAGACUCAGACCGAAAGCGUCGUCGGCGAGGUGACGACCGAACAGCCGCCGGCCCUCCAAGCGGUCCCCACCGAAGCGCCGGACACGAAGAACUCUCUUCAUCAGCCUCCGCCACCGGCUAACCUCACGCCGGCCGAAUGCGCCCCGCCACCACCGGCCAACACGGCAGAAGCUCUCAAGCCGUCUGAGAAACCGCCAACUGUCGAGGCUAGGUCGCCGACGGGAGGUGAGGACAUAAUAAAGUCACGACUUGAAAGGCGAUAUGGGUGGAUUCGUAAGAGUGAUGCGUUGCGUAUGCGUCGCGGCUUUUGGCGGGAAGUUUGAAUUUGAACGCAAAAAAUGGGUUUCAUUCAUUCAACUAGUGAGCCAAACCAUAAAUAAAAAAAAAUCAUCCAGAAAAAAGAAAAUUUUUUGAACAACCCCAAAAAAGAGUAGGUUUUGUCCACAAGUGACGUCAUCAAAAAACGGAGAUAUGACGUCAUAAUUAACAUUUAAGAAAGAGAGAUUUAUGAUUUAUGAUAGAGAAAGAGAUUCAAGUAGAGGAGGGUUUAUUGAAAACUGUACAAUACCAUGGCUUCACUUAUCAUAUUCCUGCAGGUCAGCCCGCUCCCGUGGCUGUCCCUCCUCCGGCCAACUCGGCCGACGUCGUCAAACAGGGUCCGCCUCCGCAACUUCCAGCCCCACUUCCGACCGGCAACUCUGCCAAAGCCGUCAAGGACGCCCGUACUCCCAAAAAACCGCCGCCCCACACCGCCGACGUCCUCAAAGGCCCGCCGCCGCCCUCCGAGGAACCCGACCUCCUCGAAGCCGCCAACUCCACGGCGCCCAAGCCGUCGAUGAAGGUCGUCAAGCCGCCGUCGCGAGGCAAGAAGUCGACGUCGAAGCGCGACGAGGACGUCGCCUUCGUCGACGAGAAGAAGUCCUCGACGGAGCUCCCCGAACUUCCCGACCUCCUGUCGCUCUUCGACAUGCCCCCGGCCUACACCAUGAACUUUCCCGGCAACAACAAGAAGAAGCGACCUUGA